AUGCCUUAUCAGGGGAACUUCCAAGUAAUUUGGGUAAUUAUCUUCCUAUCCUUGAACAUCUCUUUCUGGACAGCAACAGGAUCAGGGGGAAUGCAUCGAAGAUCACUCAUCUCUUCUUCACUGAAAAUGAUCUGCAAGGAAAUAUUCCAAGUGAGUUUGGUAAGUUGCAUGAACUGGCCUGGUUUGAGUUUUGAAUAUAAUCAAAUUUCUGGUGCCAUUCCAUCAAGCUUAUUCAAUAUUUCGUCGCUUCAAAUCCUCAAAGCCAGACAUAAUUACUUAAAUGGACAUCUUCCAUAUGAUCUUGGCACUUGGCUACCUAACUUGCAGGAGAUUUUCCUUUCACACAACCAAUUCAGUGGAGAUCUACCCUCUGCAAUAUGCAAUGCUUCAAAGCUUGAAAAUCUUGAAGUUGCAAACGAUAGUUUUACCGGACUGAUUCCCAUGAUGUUAGGAGAAGUUCCAAAGAAAGGGGUAUUUGCAAAUGUCAGUUACCGCUUCUUGAUGGGAAAUCCAAGACUUUGUGGAGCACCUGACUUAUAUAUUCCUUUAUAUCCAGCUGAAGGCAGAAAGACAACAAGGAAAAAGUCCAUCAUCCUUAGAACAACAGUACCUGUUGCUGUAACAUUUCUGAUAUUGGUCGCGUUGUUUUUCACAUGGAUGAUUUGGUCAAGAAAAAAACCCGUGACUGGAAACAAUGAAUCGGAUUACCCACCUAGAAUUGCACAUCAGAGAAUCACUAAUUAUGAGCUUCUCCAAGCUACAGGAAAUUUCAGUCAGUCCAAGCUAGUAGGAAGUGGAAGUUCCUGUACAGUCUACCAAGGUACAUUUUCUGGUGGUGCUGUCUUUGCAAUCAAAAUAGUGUCGACUGCGAUUGUGCUGGAGUACAUGCCUAAUGGAAGCUUAGACAAAAGAUUAUACUCUGAUGAAAAUUGCUUGAGCCUGGUUGAAAGACUCAAUAAUAUAAUGAUCGAUGUUGCACUAGCCAUGGAGCAUCUUCAUCAUGAUUAUACAGUGCCCAUUGUGCACUGUGAUACAAUUGAUGAAAACCAAAGCCAAAUCAAAGGUUUUGAUAAUAAAUGUUGCAUUCCUGUGUUUGAAAGAGUUGGCAGAGGAAAGGAUAAACAUGAGAGAGGUUGUGGUGCAGCUAAACAAGAUCAGAGCUGA